AUGGAAGCAGGCACCGUCGGCAAUCUUGCCCCCCGCGGAGUGGGUGUGUUUGGUGGGGAUCGAUCGGCGAUCUACUGCGUGACCGGCAAUCUCGUCAGAUAUGUGCCUCGCAGAUCCCUCGAGGCAAAGAAGGAUCCUAGAUGCGGGGUGUUGGGCUGGGCUGGGGAUCAAGGAGGAAAGGCCGGACCGAGGACCGGAGCCAUGAGAGCUGGUGAGAGAUCUAACAUCAUUCAACUGCGCGGCGGAAAGACUGGCAGAUCGACGCACGGAGCGCGCGUUAUCGAUCGCAACCUUCGCUCUGCGCCCGAGAAGAUCAGCCAGGAGCUCCGGUCCGGUCUGCUUCUCGCCCCGCUCUUGAUACCCAAAGUACUGCCUUUCGCUGUUCAUUUCGCUCAGCAAAGCGCUGCUUUCAACGCCGUCGACAGAGGCACGAUCAUUGCUCGUGUCCUGACUGCAGCGUUGGCGGAUGCCCUCAAUCGUCAGCCGCUGCCACUGCUCGGCUCCACUUUGGCGGGCGCUGCCAACUCUGCUCGCUCAUCUUGGCCAGGUUGCACUUUGGGCACGGGCGGUGCGCAGGCCACGGCCGCUCGUCCGCUGACCUCGGUCCGCGAUCCUUCUCGCUUGGAGCGGACCACUUCCCAACAUCCCUCUCCCUCCAUCUCCAUCUGUCUUCGUCGUCGAAGCUACUUGUUCCUUCUCAUCCACAACAUCCCAUCCUCUGCCCUUUGCUCCUCAGCGAUCGCAAGGAUUCUCUCCACAGCUCGUUCCCGUAUCUCCUCCCUCACCGCCCAGCUUACUUCACGCACAAUGUCGUCCCAAGCUGUUGCCGACAUCGGCCUUAUCGGCCUCGCCGUCAUGGGUCAGAACCUGAUCCUCAACAUGAACGACAAGGGCUUCACUGUCUGCGCGUACAACCGUACCACCAGCAAGGUGGACGACUUCCUCGCCAACGAGGCCAAGGGCACCAACGUCGUUGGCGCCAAGUCGAUCGAGGAGUUUGUUGCCAAGCUCAAGCGCCCCCGUAAGAUGAUCCUCCUCGUCAAGGCCGGCCCCGCCGUCGACGCCUUCAUCGAGCAGCUCGUGCCCCACCUCGAGCAGGGUGACAUCAUCAUUGACGGUGGUAACUCGCACUACCCCGACUCGAUCCGCCGCGCCAAGGAGCUCGAGGCCAAGGGCCUCCUCUUUGUCGGCUCCGGUGUCUCGGGUGGUGAGGAGGGUGCCCGCCACGGCCCUUCGCUCAUGCCCGGUGGUUCGGACGCCGCCUGGCCCCACAUCAAGGAGAUCUUCCAGAAGACCGCGGCGCAGUCGGACGGCGAGCCCUGCUGUGACUGGGUCGGCCAGACCGGUGCCGGCCACUACGUCAAGAUGGUGCACAACGGUAUCGAGUACGGUGACAUGCAGCUCAUCUGCGAGGCCUACGACAUCCUCAAGCACGGCCUCGGCCUCAAGGAGUCCGAGAUCGGCGACAUCUUCACCAAGUGGAACACCGGCGUGCUCGACUCGUUCCUCAUCGAGAUCACCCGCGACAUCCUCAAGUACAACGACGAGGACGGCGUCCCCCUCCUCACCAAGAUCCUCGACUCGGCCGGCCAGAAGGGUACCGGCAAGUGGACCGCCAUCAACGCGCUCGACCUCGGCCAGCCCGUCACCCUCAUCGGCGAGGCCGUCUUUGCCCGCUGCCUCUCGUCGCUCAAGGGCGAGCGCACCCGCGCCUCCAAGAUCCUCGGCGGCCCCCAGAUCAAGCCCUUCGAGGGCAACAAGGAGCAGUUCAUCGCCGACCUCGAGCAGGCCCUCUACGCCUCCAAGAUCGUUUCGUACGCCCAGGGCUUCAUGCUCAUGCGCGAGGCCGCCAAGGAGUACGACUGGAAGCUCAACAACCCCUCGAUCGCCCUCAUGUGGCGCGGCGGCUGCAUCAUCCGCUCCGUCUUCCUCAAGGACAUCACCGCCGCCUUCCGCAAGAACCCCGAGCUGGAGAACCUCCUCUUUGACGACUUCUUCAACAAGGCCAUCCACGAUGCCCAGGAGGGCUGGCGCCGCGUCGUCGCCCAGGCCAUCCUCUGGGGUCUGCCCACGCCCGCCUUCUCCACCGCGCUCGCCUUCUUCGACGGCUACCGCCGCGAGCAGCUGCCCGCCAACCUGCUCCAGGCGCAGCGUGACUACUUUGGUGCCCACACCUUCCGCGUGCUCCCGCAGUACGCGAGCGCCAAGCUGCCCGAGGGCCAGGACAUCCACAUCAACUGGACCGGCCGUGGUGGUAACGUCUCGGCCUCGACCUACAGCGCAUAA